UACAGGCAAUAUCAAUUUAGAAGCCGUGCCACGCCAAUUACUCCCACGUUAGACACCGGCACGUGCUGAUAAGCAGGCCAAACUACAGACGAUGAAUCUCACGUCGCCGUCGAUGGAGAAUUCGACCACCAACGGCACCGACGCCGACGAUUAUGAGUACGAUUGGGAAGAGUCGAGCAACAUCUUCUUCUGGGACGAGUUGGUGCCCACCCUGGUCGUUUACGGACUAACCCUGGUGUUAGGGGUGGUCGGCAACUCGCUGAUCGUCUUCACCAUCUUGCGCUACAAACGCAUGAAAAGCGCGACAAACGUUUUUCUCGCUUCGCUGGCUUCAGCCGAUUUGCUGCUCAUCAUCGUUUGCAUUCCUGUCAAGGUGGCCAAGCUGUUUUCCUACACAUGGACCAUGGGCGAGUUUCUCUGCAAGUCUGUGCACUACAUCCAGAACGUGUCAGCCAUCUCGUCGGUAUUGACCCUGACCGCCAUGAGUACUGAGAGGUAUUACGCGAUCGUGCAUCCCAUGAGGGCCAAGUACACGUGCACCAUUCGCCAAGCGAGCAAGAUCAUUCUGGGCACCUGGGCUGCUUCUUUCCUGCUCAGCAUCCCUAUUCUUUUUGUACAGGUCCUUUUGCCGGUCGGCGGACGUGUCAAAGCGUACUGGUGCGUGCGGAAUUGGGACGAUGUGACCCUGUGGCAGGCCUACGAGGUGUACAUGCUUUUGCUGUUGCUGGUCGUGCCGACCAUCAUUAUGGGGGCCACCUACUCGUCCAUCAGCUGCGAAGUUUGGCGCGUGAUGAAACGGCGACAGACAAUGACCACUGGCCAGGGUUUGCAGAACUUGGAGCAGCUGCAGUCGGUGCGCAGGGCCCCUCGAUCCAUGGCGAUGCGUCACUCGUCGCGCAGCAGCUCUUCCAGCGCCCUCAGAAACCGCGUCUCGGAAGAUGACAACCGAACCGUCAAACAGGUCGUGAAAAUGUUGAUUGCUGUUGUCGCCCUUUUCGUCAUCUGCUGGGCACCAGUGUUGAUUGACAACGUUCUCACCGCGUAUGGUGUUCUCCCUUUCAUUCGCACCGCCAAUCUGAAGCACAUGGCCACUGCUUUCCACCUAAUGGCCUAUUUCAACAGCUGCAUCAACCCGAUUGUGUACGGAUUUAUGUCGCGCAAUUUCCGCGAGAGCUUCCACAAGGCGCUGGCCAGGUGUUGCUUCCGUCGAAAAACACGUCUCCCGCCCCGAGGUACUGUCAGUAGUUUUAAUGGAAAAAGACAUAUGUCCGUGUCAGUUAAUUCUCGCACCACUUCUGUCCGCUAUGCUGAUACCAGUUUUUGCAGAAGCGCUUCAAUGAACAGGCCGUACUGACGGGGCCGGUUAAUGGUCGGGGCCAGCGCCGCUGGCGAGCGGCUCAACAAAAUCAGCGAAGCCGAGUCUGCCUCCGACCCGUUCGACCAUCGCAACGAACACAACAAUGGACUGCACGACCUGCAGGCCGGUAUCCAGGAGAGCGUCAUUUAGAGACAUUUGCAGAGCAGGAAUGACAGAGCAACAUUUCUCGUCGGUGAAGAUUUCCAGGGCGAAAAGUUUGUUUUAAGUGAGAGAGUGUUGCUGCUGCCACCGCCAGCAGACUGCCCUAUUUGACACACUCAACCAUCAUUAAUAAAACUCAUGUAGGCUGGACUUUCAAACUACCACAUAAUGAAAAAUGGAUCGUGUUUAAUGUUGAAUAACGACGAGGGCAAAUAAUUUUGCAAAACGUUUAUCUCUGUGGUGUUUUAAAUUGCAAAGUCCGAAAUCAUGCUCAAGGGGACGAAAAACAAAAGCGCACAUUCUUAUAAAUAAUGGGGUGUUUGUGUGUGUGACUUUGAAUCAUUCCUAAUUACAUUUUAUUAGCUGUGCAAUUCCUGCUAGGUCGUUGUUUUUACUCGUCGACGUACUGCCAAAAAAUUGCAAUUGUUUGUUCAUGUUUCUGUGUAAUUUAACUGAACUCAUUGAUGUUAUAUAAGGUUUGGUCAUGCAGGUUUUAUUCACUCUUCAAUGUUUAAUGUGUGUGAUGAUUCUUUAUUUGUGAUUCAAAUAAACUGCAUAAUUACUUU